AUGAGGAUGGAAAAAACAACAGACAAACCACUUUCUGCAGGAGAUAUGAACGAUGAAUAUUCUCGGGGUCCAAUCGACGAUAUAGACUGUUUGAACUUUUUCGAAAGGGCUGUUCAGGACCCAUGUUGUGAGGCCUGUGACACAGAAGAUGCAGAUGAAGAACUGAGAGCAAAGCUUAGUAGCUUCAAUUUUCAGCCUGAUUCAUCUCCGUGUAAUGCUAAAUGUCAACAGACACUGAAUCCACUGUGUAAAAUAGAUGAAGCACUCCCAGCGGAGUCAGAAUUAGCUCCAUCGAGAAACGGCUCAGUAUCUGAGGCAAAUUCUGAUACAAAUUCCAUAGCUUCUACUGUCCAUGACCCUGUCGACUCCAAAUAUGGAGGCAUGCCUAGCUUGAGAAAGGCCAAAACAACGUCGUACUUUACUUCAUCUUCAUCGAACAAUACCACAAUGAGGAACCCGCUAAAAAAAUGUAAUACCAAUAUAAAUGGCCUUUUAGUGAACGGAAGGAGCUCAAGCUCCUCCAGACAGUCUAUACCAGAGCUCUUUAGCGGUGCGUGUACUAAAAAGAAAAACAACGUAUUACUGAAAAGUGAAACACCCAAUUCAGAAUUCUCUAGUAACUCACUUCAACAUUGCAACUCAAGGUCGUUUUCUCUACCCAGGUCAAGAUCAAGGUCUUCUGCCAUUGCCAUACCAACACAUUUGUAUGGCUUGGAAAAGUACGUUUCACCUGGGUUGGAUACUUUGACUGCUGACCCAGAAGAAAGUAUUGAAAGGUUUUCAAAUAAUCGGCCCCGUGAAAUAUCAUCGUGUUGUCCGAACGAUACAGGGGACACCUCCUCAUCAUUAUCACAUUCGAACACUUCCUCAUCACUAAAUUUCCCUUUAGGUACAAAUACAAAUCAAUUCCACCAACCAAGGCAGCCAGUACAACAGCAACAGUCUUCGAAACCAAACUUUGGUGCUGGGAGGAAAAAAUCUUUCAUUGAGAUGUCACUAGCAAGUUCCUUUGCAGGCUAA